AUGGGGAACGAUAUAAAAAUCACGGAGGUUGGGGAUGGGCUAUUCCAGUUCAAAUUCUCAAUGGAAAGCCAACUAAAUUGGGUGAUCAACAAUGGACCGUGGAGUUUCGAUAACCACAUCCUGUUACUACGAAGAUGGGAAAAAGGAAUGACGGUAUUCUCAGUAAAGUUCUUGACUGUUUCGAUUUGGGUACAAGUGUGGGGUUUACCCUUUGAUUUGAUAAAAGAGGAGGUCGGGAGAGACAUCGGUAAAGGGAUUGGAAGAGUUAUUGACGUGGAUAGCAAAGCUAUUGCCUCUGAUCAGGCAAGAUUCCUUCGAGUUCGAGUGGAGAUGCCGUUGGAUAAACCUAUUCGCCGAUGGGCUCCUAUACUUAGCCCGGAGGGUGAUAAGGUUUGGGUGGCCUUUCAAUAUGAAUGCCUUGUUGGACUUUGCUUCCGGUGUGGAUUGCUCGGCCAUGAAGCUAAAGCAUGCAUCGACGCAAAUGGAAGGGAGGGAGAGGAAAGCCCGUAUGGAGACUAG